AUGGUUUAUGCAAAUGUUCUUUUGAAAGCCGCGGCUUUAAUGUCUUCUAUGUCUACAGUUGCGCUGGCCACUUCUGUUAACUAUAAUGGUGCGGCUUUAGAUCACAAUAAUCUAAAAGCCCGAGGAGAUCAACCUUUAGAAGUUGUUCCUGUUAACGUUCCUGGAGCUGACCGGUUUUUGAGUCGUGUUGCUACUGGUAUCAAUACAGUUGAUCCCGCUACUAUUAACGAAGGUACACACGCUGAAGCUUCUCCUGAAGCUUCUUCGUUUUAUGCCGCCCCUGAUGGAACCGAUUCUCCAGUUGCCGAAGCUCCAACUAUUCCUGAAAUUCCGGCCAUCCCUUCUAUUCCUUCUGAUUCCCGUCAUGGUCUUUUGCCUCCUGAUAUUGCCCAAGGUAUUGAUAUUAAGCAUCAUAAGUUUCAUGGAUGGCCUAGUGAAACCACUAGUGCUGGUACAACUAUCACAAACGGUGGUAGUGGUACUGGUGGUAAUGGCGGAAAUGCUAUAGGUGGCAACGGAGGGGCUGGUGGUGCUGGUGGAAAUGGCGGUUCAUCAACUGGUUCUGGAAAUGCUGGUAACGGUGGCUCAGGUGGUGUUGGAGGCAACGGUGGGUCUUCUUCUGGUGGUAAUGGAGGAAACGGUACUGGAGGAUCAUCUACUACUGGAAAUACAAACACUGGUACAACUGGAAACAAUAACAAUAAUUCCAAUAAUGGUGGAAACACUAACACUAACAACAAUAACAAUAACAACGGCAAUUCUUCAAGCAACACCAGCUCCAAUGGAAAUGGUAGCAACAAUGUCAAUAGCAAUAACAAUGGAAGCGGAAACGGAAGCGGAAACGGAAACAGUAAUAGCAACGGUAAUUCAGUGGUAAAAACAUGUGGUAAUGGUGGCUCUUGCGCCACAACUUCUACUACAACGGUUCGCCCUACAACUUCAACUACAACUGUUCAUCCUACAACUGCUUCAUUGACUUGCGGUAAUGGUGGCCCAUGCUCAACUUUGUCGACCACUAUGAGGUCCACAACUUCUCUUACCUGUGGCAACGGCGGUCCAUGCUCAACUAUGACUACUACAACUACUCAUCCUACUACGUUGACCUGUGGUAACGGUGGUCCUUGUCCUACUAUGACUACAACUUGUACAACAUGUGGAACUUGGGGUUCUUGGAUGCCAACAUGUUCAAAUGGAAUGUGCACUUGGGGAAGCAAGACAAUGAUGAAGCCUUCUUGCUCUGGAGGAACUUGCACAUGGGGAUCUUGGAAGCCUACAACAACUUGUAUGAGUGGAACCUGUAUGACAACUUCCACUUGUAUUGGCGGUAAUUGCAUGAUGAGUUCUACUACUCUCACAUGUGGUAACGGUGGUCCUUGUUCUACCAUAAUGACUUCUACAGCUCUUACUUGUGGUAAUGGAGGCCCAUGCCCAACUACUUCGACCACCACUGUCCAUCCUACUACUACCUCUUUGACUUGUGGAAACGGUGGUCCAUGUCCAACUACCUCUACAACUACUUGGAGACCUAGUACUACUACUCUUACUUGUGGAAACGGCGGCCCAUGCCCAACAACCUCUACAACUACUUGGAGACCUAGUACUACUACUCUUACUUGUGGUAAUGGAGGCCCAUGCCCAACUACUUCGACCACCACUGUCCAUCCUACUACUACCUCUUUGACUUGUGGAAACGGUGGUCCAUGUCCAACAACCUCUACAACUACUUGGAGACCUAGUACUACUACUCUUACUUGUGGAAACGGCGGCCCAUGCCCAACAACCUCUACAACUACUUGGAGACCUAGUACUACUACUCUUACUUGUGGUAAUGGAGGCCCAUGCCCAACUACUUCGACCACCACUGUCCAUCCUACUACUACCUCUUUGACUUGUGGAAACGGUGGUCCAUGUCUAACAACCUCUGCAAUUACUUGGAGACCUAGUACUACUACUUUAACUUGUGGGAACGGCGGCCCAUGUCCAACAACCUCUACAACGACUUGGAGACCUAGUACUACUACUUUGACUUGUGGAAACGGUGGUCCAUGCCCUACUACUUUCACUUCUACUCAUCCAACAACAAGCACCAUGAAUACCCUCCCAACAGGUACAUGUAACCCUAAUAGUCAGUGUGUCUGUGCCAAUGUAACUCCAGUUACUGUAACUGCUACCGUUACUGCCACUUUUACUCGCACUGUUACUGCGGCCUGUGCCACAAUGGGUGGCUCACAUCAACAAAUUACUUCAAAUGGACAAAGUAUAACUGCUGGUGUUUCUGUUUCUCAGUCAGGUCAAGGUUCUACCUCAGCCUCUGCUUUUGAAACUGGCUCUGCUUUCCGCCCUCACUUAGGUCAAAGUGUUGAUAAUGGUAUUAACUCCUCAGCUGUUGAGGCUUCUAAUGCCGUGCCCGACUCUAGUACAAACUCCCCUGUUUUUGUUUCAGUUUCAGUUGAGGCUUCUGUUCCUUCUCAAGUUUCCACUGGUUCUGAAAAUUCUGCUAAUUCUUCCCCUGAAAAUUCUAUUGAUUCUCCUGAUUCACCUUCAUCAGCUGACUCUUCUUCAUCAGCUGAUUCAGCUCCCGCCGACGCCGCUGCUCCUGCUGAUACCCCUAUUCCUGUUGGUGUCACAGUUCCUGAGAACCCGGAUGCUGCGAGUGAGCCUUUUUCACCAAAUGAUGGAAGAGAAGCAAUUAAUGUUCAGCCUGUUAAUAUAGGUCGUGCUGAAGGCUUUUUAAGUCGAGUAGCAACUGUUAGACCAAAUACUGUUACUGGCCCAGGUGAUAACUUUGUUAGUUCUUAUGCUACCAAUGCUCCAGAUUCUAUUGAAGCUCAAAAACGAGACGUGAAUGUUGAAGGGUCGGAUCACUUAUCUAAAUUUAAUGCUUUUAAUAGCAUUCUCGCCCAAGAAGCAACCAACCCUUUAUACUCUGCUCCGGAUUUGAUUUCUGGUAAAGAUUCCCCAGAUUUUGAAAUUAAAGCUGUAGUUUCACAACAACUUGGUUCAAACGCUGAAUUUCCAGGAUCAUCUUUACCUUUCAAUCCCUUGCCAGUGUUUGCUAGUAAUUCUGCCAAUCCUUUUGCAGGAGCCCCCUCCCGAGGAUCUUUACCUUUUGCUAUCCCUAAUCCGCCUGCUGUUGCAAAUCCUGCCCCGGUUGCCACAUAUCCAGCUGGAACACACUCUGAAGCUAUUUCUGGUGCUACAGUAACUCAGCCUGUUGUUCAUGCUCAAACUCACGGACCUCCCGCUGGAGCCCAAGUCUUGACUUUGAGACCAGUCGAUGUUCGCAACACUAACUUUAUUGGACGUGUGGCUACGAGAGUUAACACAGUCACUGGACCUGCUUUAGGUUUUGAAGCCGCUCAAGCAAUGGCUACUAAUUCUCCUGAGGAAAAUUUGAAGUCGAUUGAUGAUUUAGCUUUUCAAUCAGUUUAUGAGCGUGACUAUCGCAUUAUUGAAAAGCGUGACGACACCAACUUUGAGAUUGUAGGUCUACCUCAGUUUGAUAAACGUGCUCUUAUUGUCGGAAAGAUAGGUGCAUCUCUUUUGAGUGACAUGAAAAUUGAAGAAAUUCCUUCAAUUGAUGAGUUUACUGAAAAGUUAAUUAUGAGUUUUGAAAAUAAUGAUCUUUUGGGGAGACGUGGUUACAGUGACAACAUGACCAAAAAUCUUGAGCCGCUCAUUAAAUUUGCAUAUGCCGAAUUCACUGAUUUUGUUAAUACCCAUAGCGACAAAAAGGGCGGGUUUAAUGUGGAAUCUGCUUCAGCAAGUAUUGCUCAUUUUGCUUCUCUGGCUGCCCCUUUGCUUAAGGAAGCCGGAGUCAUAAGCAAUGCUCCAGAUUCGCUUAUUUCUAAGCCACACAUUGAAAAUGAGAAAGAUACUUUGGGACGUUUAAAUAUUGUCAAUGAAAUGUUUCCAGAAUCAUUAGAUAACACAUCUAGAUCUAGACAAAUUUACUAUAAGCUUAUGGCCUGCUCUACUAAAAUUUCAGAACAACUUUGCACAGCCUUGAAAGAGGAGCAAGCUGCAGAUAUUGAUGAGACCAAUAAGCUUCUAACUUCCUUGUCACCUAAGCAAUUGGCUAAUAGGGGAUUAGCUAUUAUAAAUCUGGUUAUAGGUUCUAUCAGAACUGGAACAAGCGGCAGACCUGUAAUAUCUCUUGAGCUUGAUCCGGCAGUUACUCAAAAAAAUCAGGAAUUGGAUUUUGGAGAAAUAAGAAAUGGUGAUAUUGUGAGAGUUUCCCCAUAUUUGAAUUCAGCAGAUACAAAAAAAAAAACUCUAAUUAAAAAAAAGACAAAACAGCUCGACACAUCUGAUUCUAAAAACGAUGGAUCAAUCAUUGAAGGUGUCGUAUCUAUGAAUUCCAAUUCUUUAAAUGUUGUGAUUGAAGAAGCAUUUUCAAACGCUAUACCUUCAUCCGAUACUCGUUUAUGGAUAGUUAAAUUGACAAAUAAUGCUACUUACAAGAGAAUGGAAUAUGCACUAAAAUUGUUAAAAGAAAUAGAAUCUCCUUCAAGAGUUCAAUCAAUUUUAUUAGGAAACAUUAAUCCUUCAAAGCCGGUUUCAUUACCAGACAUUCAAUUUUUUGAUUCUGCAUUAAAUGGCCCACAAAAAGAAGCAAUUAAAUUUUCCCUCAGUGAAAGUGAAGUUGCUGUGAUUCAUGGCCCUCCAGGAACUGGAAAGACUUAUACACUAGUUGAGAUAAUUCGCCAAUUCGUAUCUCAAGGCAAAAGAGUUUUAGUAUGUGGGCCUUCUAAUAUAUCAGUAGACAAUAUUUUAGAAAGGUUGCAUAAUCAUAUUAAAGGAAAUAAGCUAAUAAGAAUUGGACAUCCAGCAAGAUUGUUGGAAAACAACCGAAUACAUUCUUUAGAUAUCGUUUCCAAAUCUAAUGACUACGGACAAGUUGUUCGAGAGCUUCGGGAAGAAAUUGAUGAAACCUUAAAAAAAAUUUCUAAAACUAGAUCGGGACGAGAAAGGAAAGAAAUUUAUAAUAACAUUAAAGAUUUAAGAAAAGACUACCGCGAACGUGAAAAGAAAGUAAUUAUUGACAUUAUUCUAGAAUCCCAAGUGGUUAUUUCUACCCUUCAUGGAGCCGGAUCCUAUUCAUUAAGACAGGUUCGAAGAGCACUUGAUUCAUCUAAUAAGCAUUUAUUUGACGUUAUUAUUAUCGACGAAGUUUCACAAUCAUUGGAAGCUCAAUGCUGGAUUCCAAUUAUGGAUUUUCCUGGAGUCACAAAAUUAAUUAUUGCUGGAGAUAAUAAACAGCUUCCCCCUGUUGUUAUGUCAAAGAACUUACAAAUAAAAAGUGUUCUGGAGCAGACUUUGUUUGAUCGUUUAGAAAAAUUACCUAGUGGGAAUCAUAUCAUUAAACUUUUGAGCAUUCAAUAUCGAAUGAAUAAACUCAUUAUGGAAUUUCCUUCUAAUUUUUUUUAUAAAUCAAAACUGAUUGCAGAUGAGUCUGUUGCAGAAAAAGUUAUACAUUUAGAUAAAGGAGAAGAUAUCCCACCCAUUCUAUGGCUGGAUACACAAGGGUAUGAUUACCCUGAAGCUAAUAGUGAUGAAAGUUUGGCAAAAGGCAGCAGAUUCGAAUUCAGCAAAUACAAUGAAAAUGAAGCUUAUUUAACUCGCAACUAUGUCUUUUCAUUAGUCAAAAAAGGUGUUAAACCUACAGAAAUUGGUAUCAUUGCACCGUAUAGUGCACAAAUUUCUUUGCUAUCAAAAAUCAUUCAUAUUAGACAUCGUGAAAUAGAAAUAUCUACUGUUGAUGGAUUCCAAGGUCGUGAAAAGAUUGCAAUAGUUCUUUCUUUAGUACGAAGCAAUGAUACUGGUGAGGUUGGAUUCCUCGCAGAAGAGCGUCGAUUAAACGUUGCUAUAACUCGACCAAAGAGGCACUUAUGCAUUAUUGGCAACACAGAAACUUUAACAAAAGGGAAUAGUAAAUUUCUAAAACAAUGGGUAAAAUGGUCUUAUAAUAAAUCUGAGAUAGACUAUCCGCCCAUUGAAGAUGUGCUUUCAUCUGAUUUAUAUAUGUAA